AAACGGUAUCAGCUCUUUCCCGAUAGUGCUAUGCCACCAGAAAUCCGAUAAGAUAAUAAUUAGUCAAAUGGUUACAGCAGAGCAGUUCGCCAUGAGCAACAGCAGUCCCAAGUUUCGUCGCGCGAGGAUCAACCCUAAUUUAACAGCCAAAAAAAUUGACAACAAUUAGCAAUCAGUAUUAUCUUCACUAUCAUCCACACAGGUUCCAUACCAAAUAUCAAUCGACACAGUGAUAGCGAUGCUGUUGUCAACUGCCCGUCGAUUAUUUUACGGAGAUCGAACCGAAGCGUUGCGAGGUUAAAUGAAAUCCCAUCCUAAAUUACUAUCGAUAAUAAUCCAAUAAUCGACUAUUCAUCGGUUGAAAAUGGCGCGCAGUUAAUUAUUCUACUUCAGUUUCGCAUAUCUGGAAGGAAAAAAUAAAACAGUGUUAUUUGUGCAUCCACAGUGUACCGUAAAUCCCAAUUGGGAAAAUGACACCAGGAAAGUUAUUCUCGUCAUCCUCAACGUCAUCGUCGGGUUGUUAAAGCCUGGUCACGCGAAGUUUCCUGGAGACUGUGAAAACGGAUAAAGAACGAGGAACCGCGAGAAAUCGAGAGGAACCUGAUCUAUCGCUAUCAUAGAGAGUCUCUGGUACAGGUGUCGAAUUUCCGGUGUGGCUGCUGACCAUCGGUGUCUAUGUGUUCUGCGUAUCUGCGGUCAUAAUAAAUGGCGACGAGAAAGUACGCGGUCUUUUUACACGUGACGGUUCUACUGUCCAUAUCCUCCCUGAUUAUAAUAUGCAUCUCAAUGGGUACAGAGGGAUGGAUAAGUGCACCGACAUCUGUCGUCAGGGAAUCUCAGACCAUUGAAGACUCUGACGUCAAUCACGGACUCUUCAAAGGCACUUUGAUUAGACGCCUCGUGCAGACACCUAGAAAUUAUGAUAUAUACAUAACGUGCGUCUGGUCAUCAAAUGCUUGUGCUUGGAGCUGUCUAGCAGACGCUUCUGCUAGAGUCGCUGAAGUUAAAUCACUUCUUGCUGGUGAAUCUCCUUCUUUUGCUUGUCUAACGUCUACCAGGACUUUGGCUACGAAUUCAUCUAUCAAAAGUACAAAUGGUGAGCGACUAACAUUACUCUUUUUGGGUGAACAUUUUUAUAUCUCAUAUUUAUAUUCAGAUACUGGCGGUGAGCAAUUUUUUAAUGCGGGCGCCUGGUUGUGCACAGUGAUAGCAAUGAGUCUUUUGAUGCUUGCUGUCGUUCUGACGAUUGCUGUGACGUUUUUAAACAUCUUCAAGAAUCCCGCUGAGACACUGUUGAACAUUGAAGGAAUUUAUUGGAUGAACGCCAUAACCGUAGGAUUGAAUGUCCUGGUUCUACUGAUCUUCGGAAUCCAUUACGCUCUCGUCACGCAAUAUGGCGUCGCCAUAAGAGAUACAAUAGUCGGCGAAUAUGUAUCUAAUGCAUCCUUAGGAUACUCCUACUGGUUACUCUUGGCGCCGGUCUCUCUGCAUCUGACUAACAUCGGUAUGCUCUACCUCAGGGAGAAAAUAGUAACCAGCGAGCCAGCGGAGCCGAAGUUCGACAUCGAGAACAUCAGCGACGGCAUGAUAGCCCUCUUCUAGAAAGAAAAUAACGUAUAUUAAAAUAUUAAUAUAACCUGUAAGUGAACGAGUGUGUCUAUACUGGAUCAGGUAAAUAAAGGUACUACGAGUGAGCUUGACAAAGGUGUA